AUGCCCAACCUCCGUAAGGAGAUGACCGAUAUAAAAAAGGACAUGGAGAGUGCGCCGAAGCAGGGUUCCGUGCCCUCUCCCUCGGAUAUGGCUGAAGAGCUACCCCCUGUGUCGCAGCCUUCUCAAAAAAAGAAGAAAGGUCGACGCUCUGAAACCAUUUCGGCUGCGUCCCCGAUAGAGGAGAUUUGUCGCUCAGUGAUGGUCCAGGUUGGAGAAAUGCUAAAUGCCCUCCUAGCCUCCUUUGAGGACAGGCUCCUCCCGGAGAAGCGACUCCGCCCCGCACUGGCGGCGGAUAAAAAAGGAAAGGCAGAUCCCGCGCCAAAGCAACCAGGCCUCAGCCGACCUGCAAAGGAGACGCGUCCCACAGAGAGAAAGCUCUCCGAGGAAGAGUUGCACCAUGCACCACCUUCUGCAUCAUCCUUCCAACCUCACCUAACCUAA